AUGCGAAAGUCCCAGAACUUAUCAUUCGUCCUCAAGGACGUCCAAAAAUUGGAGUUUGAAGAUCGCCCGCUUCCUCAAUUACAAGAUCCGAACGAUAUUUUGGUCAGAGUGAAAUUCACUGGAAUCUGUGGUAGCGAUGUCCAUUAUUGGAAGUGUGGACAGAUCGGCCCCUUCAAACUUGACCAGCCCAUGGUUCUUGGGCAUGAGUCCUCAGGAAUCGUCGAGCACCUAGGCAGCAAGGUCACGACAUUGAAGGUGGGUGACCGAGUCGCCAUGGAGCCUGGAGAGCCAUGCCGUCGUUGCAAUAAGUGCAAGAUUGGAAAAUAUAAUCUCUGUCCGGCGAUGGCUUUCGCGGCUACACCCCCUUACGACGGUACUCUUGCGAAAUAUUAUCGUCUUCCAGAAGAUUUCUGCUACAGGUUGCCGAACAGCAUGAGUCUGGAGCAAGGCGCUCUUGUUGAGCCGCUAGGUGUUGCAGUGCAUCUUGUCCGACAAGCAGAUAUAUCGCCAGGUGCAUCAGUGGUUGUUUUCGGUGCUGGACCGGUCGGCUUACUUUGCUGCGCGGUUGCAAAGAUAUUUGGUGCCGAGAAAGUGAUUGCCGUCGAUAUUCAACUUAGCAGAUUGGAUUUUGCGCGAAAGUUCGAAGCAACUUCGACCUUCUUGCCAGAGAAGGUCUCUGCCUCAGAAAAUGCUGAGCGUAUGAGAAUUGAAAAUGGACUGGGCGAUGGAGCAGACAUUGUGAUUGAUGCUUCUGGUGCAGAAGCUUCGAUCAACACUGGAAUUCAUGUUCUUCAUCCGGGCGGUACCUAUGUUCAAGGAGGCAUGGGUCGCGACGAAGUCAAUUUCCCCAUCACACUUGUAUGCAUGAAGGAAUUGAAUAUCAAGGGUAGCUUUCGGUAUUCUAGUGGUGAUUAUCAGCUCGCUAUCCAGCUUAUAUCCACAGGCAAAGUCAAGGCUGAGGACUUGAUUACAGAUAUUGUGAAGUUUGAGGAUGCUGAGCAAGCAUUCGAACAAGCUAAGGCAGGCACCGGCUUGAAAUUUCUCAUUGCAGGGCCUGCGGAGUAA